AUGUCCGCCUCGCAGAACCGCAUUGCCGAGACGGUCGAGCUCUUCUACACCGCCGACAAGGCUAGUGAUGGCGCCAUGGCUGGACACUCGUACAAGGCGGCGGUGGACUCGCUCGACGACGUCGUGACUCGCGACCUGGAUGGGCCGUAUCGCGCGACCGUGCUCGAGCCGGUGGGCAAGAUGUGCCACUACUUCAACAAUGUGAACGCCGCAAUCGACAAGAGGAAUCACAAGCUCAUCGACUACGAUGCGUCCCGCUCCAAGGUGCGCAAGCUUGUCGAGAAGCCGUCAGACGACACGGCCAAGCUCCCCCGCGCGCAGAGCGAACACGACGAGGCGCGCGAGAUCUACGACAUCCUAAACGAGCAGCUCAUCGCCGAGCUGCCGCAGCUCGUUGAGCUCCGAGUCCCGUUCCUCGACCCGUCGUUCGAGUCCAUGGUGCGCAUCCAGAUGCGAUUCGCGGAGGAGGGUUACGAGAAGCUGGCGGGCGUGCAGCGGUACUUUGCCGACGGGAUCCGCGACGAGUACGCCAACGGCCAGCUCGACGUGCAGGUCGAGAACGUGCUCGCCGAGAUGAAGGAGCUGGCCAUCUAUGGCGUGUAG